AUGACUGAUCAAAAUGUGUUCGAGCGGAUGAUAAGAACGGCCAAGAACGGGGCUAGGACCACGUUAGUAUACAUGAUCGUUCUUCCCUUGAUCGGCUCUGCAUGGACAGCCUGGGGUGUUGGGAAAAUCUUCAAACUCAUUAAACGAUACAACCCAAAGAGUAUCCUGGAUAGGAGACGAAGGCUCGCAAACUGGGAGCUGGAACCAUUCACCCGUCCUCGCGCCCUCACAAAUCCCCUGAGCGGGAAUGUUACGCAGCGCAACUUCAGCCAACUACAGUCGAACUUCUUCAAACUGCCUCUCGAGAUUCGGCAGCGAAUCUACCGCGAGUCCAUUGAGCACACGCGGCCAAUCCACGUUUGGCGAACCAAUGAGCGGUUAUGCAGUUUCGACUGUGUCGCUACGAAUCCAGGUCGGAUCGAUGGCAACGUUGUCCAUUGGCGUUGCUCUCCACCUCUUGACCGGAAUGGCUUAGUAGCAGCGCUUCCUCGGAAAUGCCGUUCGUAUCGAUUCCAGGGACUGUUAUGCUCAUGUCGUAGCAUAUACUCUGAAGCACUUGAUGCUCUCUAUGGUGGUAAUGCUCUUCACUUCGACGACCCGUAUAACCUUCACAAGCUAGCCGAAUCUGCGCCCCCGCAAAGGUUGGCCUCUAUUCAGUGUGUGCAUCUAGAGGUACUCGCUUUCCACAAUGGUCAGGCGCUUUCCGGGGUCCUCACGGACUGGAAGAAGGCCUGCAUUGUUUUAGUGUGGAUGACGGGUCUGCAAAGGCUACGUGUGGCAUUGGGCGCGGAUCAUCCGGAGACAGACACUCCCAAUCCCCGUGUGGGGCCUUUUCUAGAGAUAUUGAGAAAGGUAGAGGCCCCUGAAUUUCUGGUGGAGAUUCCGUCCAAUGCAACUCUGGAUGGUAUGACGGUUGAAGAUGGAUUUCCUUUUGUUCUGGUGCGCAGAGAGUGGUCUUAUGGGGAAUGGACGCAAGGAGGUCAGCAUGAUGAUCCUCGGGUUCGACAGCCAUGUUUCAGCAUCCUUCCCCCAAGUAGGUAG